AUGUCGGGCGGUGGAUGGAACUUGAAUGCGGCUACCUUCGUGCCAAAUCUGAAUGCUAGACCUUUUGUGCCAGGUCAGCCUUAUGUUCCACCAACAGAAACCGCAAUGUCUGCACCACCAACUGAGGCUCCAGCGGAAGAUUGGGAUGCUGAAAUUGCUGAGAACCAGGAUGAAUGGGAGACGUUCAGUGUUCCUCUGCCCCGGGCCGCGUGCCGAGUUGUCGAAGUUCCUGCGGAAAAGCCGGAGGAGGCAGGAGGUGGAGACGAGAAGGAAACCUCGGAAGCCAGUGACGUGAUCGCUCCUUUGGCCAAGAAGUUUGAACGUGUUGCAUAUGUCGACGAUGGCACUCAUAAGGAACACGUGAACAUGGUGUUCAUCGGACAUGUUGACGCUGGAAAGUCUACCAUCGGAGAACGGAACCCUGAGAAAUAUGAACGGGAAGCGAAAGAAAAGGUCGGAGAAAGCUGGUAUCUGUCGUGGUGUAUGGAUACUAACGAAGAAGAGCGAGAAAAGGGAAAGACUGUUGAAUGUGGUCGAGCAUAUUUUGAAACAGAGAAAAAGCAUUUCACGAUUUUGGACGCACCCGGUCACAAAAGUUUCGUGCCCAAUAUGAUAAGUGGUGCAACUCAAGCUGAUUUGGCUGUUUUGGUGAUUUCCGCUCGAAAGGGAGAAUUUGAAACUGGUUUCGAUCGAGGAGGUCAGACCAGGGAGCACGCUAUGUUAGUAAAAACGGCCGGAGUGCGUCAUCUAGUAAUUCUUGUCAACAAGAUGGACGAUCCCACGGUGAAAUGGGACGAGAAUCGGUGA